AUGUUUGGCUACAGUGGUUAUGGUGGAGGUUAUUCAGAAGGGAGAUCAGAUCAAUGGAUUCAACAAAAUGUUCCCGGUGGAUUAAACAGUGGUUUUGGAGAGCGGUUGGAUAAUUUCAUGGGUGGAAAUCCAAAUCCAACAUAUGGUCAAGUAUAUGGAGGUGCACCUGGAGUUGGAGGUGGCUAUGGUUCUGGUUAUGGUUAUUCAUAUGGUGGAUGGUAA